UGGUAGGUCUGCAGCUGUUCCACCCUCUCUCCAUGUUCAGAUGAUGGAUUGAUCAGAGAUGUGGGAUUUGUUCCAAUCUGCCUGUUGUUGUAGAUCCUAACCCUGAUUUAAACUUCUCCCUGGUCUGUUGGUCUCCAUGUUGUUCUCUAAUGUUCUCUAACAAACGUCUGAGGUCAGAAAACCAACAGCUGGAUUCUCUUUACUAAUCAUGUGACUUCUGACAGCAGUGGCUUGUUCUGGAUUUUAUUUAGGGUUAUCUGAAUAAAGGGAGGAUCAUGAUUACAGUUUAGUGUUAAUGUGUUGUUUUGCCUGUUUCAUGCAUGAUCAGAGGAUUUAUGGUGAGCCCCCCUCUCUCUACCCUGGAAUGUUCUCCUGCUGGAUUACUGUGUUAAAGCUGCUGGACUGGCUUAUCUACAGCUUCUGGCUUCAACAUGAGGUCUGCUGUUCUGUUCCUGCUGAUGCUCUGCUGCUCCGUAGGUGAAGGCCGAACGGAGGUCUCUGUUCCUGCAGACGAUGGCAGCAGGACCGAAGCACGUCCCCCCGGGGACCUGAGCGUCCUCUGGGAAGAGAUGCAGGGCCUGAAGCAGCUGGUCCUCAGUCUAAAGGGGGAACAAGUGGAGCAACGACAAGAACUCCGGACUGUGGAGAGUCGGCUGAGGGACGGGGAGAUGGAGGCAAAGCUGCAGAAGCAGAGCAUGGAUGAGCUGCAGAUGGCGCUAGACCUCCUGCUGACGGAGCAGACCUCUGGUCUGAGGAAGAAGGUGGAGGAGCUGGAAGAGCAGACCAAAGCUGAGAUAUCAGAGCUUCAUGCCAGAAUAAACAGCAGUGACAACUCAGUGGAGAUCCUGAAGAAGAAGAACUCAGCUGUUGCGGCUGAGCUGCCAUUCCUGCAGACCAGACUGAGGGCCAGUGAGAGCAGCGUGGAGCAGCUGAGGAGGAAGGACACAGUUCUGGCAGGCAGACUGUGCAACACGGAGAGUUUGAUGGAGGAGCUGAUGGGGCAGAUCUCAGAGAUCCAGGCCUGCAACACUUCAGCUGGGAUGGAUUCUGAAGUUCUGGUGCUGGAGAAUCACCUGGACAUCCACCUAGACAAGCUGAAGGCUGACAUCGAAGGUCAAAUUCAUGAGUUGGAAAACAAACUGAGUUCCAGUCAUGUGGGUCUGGACGGCCUGAGUGCUGCUGCUGAGCAUCGCCUGAACCAAGCUGAGAGACAACAGGAUGAACUCAGGAACCACAACACAGAGUUGGUGAGCAGACUGGAAUCCAGUGAAAAACAGCUGGGAGAUCUGAGGACAAUAAACACAUACAUGGAGACCAGACUGAACUCCACUGAGGAACAACUGGACCAAUUAAAGAAUCAGUCUGCAGUUCUGGAGGUCAGACUGAGAGUCAGUGAGAGACGACUGGAGGAGCAGCAAACAGGAAGCUCAGCUCAGUUCUCCAGGAUGGAGUCCAGACUGACGGAUGAACAGAGCAGAACUGCAGAGUUUGAAACCCAACUGUCAGCUGUGACUUUCAGACUGAAUGUGACUAAAGAGCUUCUGGAUGAUCUGAAGAAUCAAAGUCUAGCUGGAGCAGCUGAACUGGCUUCACUUUCAGAGAGACUGACUGCAGCUCAGGGGAACACAGAAGAUGAGCUGAAGGUGGCUUUCUCAGCCGGUCUGACUGAUUCAGGAAUAGUUGGUCCAUUUGAUGAAGAAACUACUCUGAUCUUCUCCAAAACCAUCACCAACGUUGGCCGAGGCUACAACAGCUCUGCAGGUGUUUUCACCGCUCCAGUCACAGGACUUUAUUUCUUCAGCUUCACGGCUGCAGAUUAUUUGAAGGGUUACAUGGGCCUGUACCUGUACCAAAAUGAGCAGCCAGUCAGCUUCAGCCUGGACCUGAAUGACCACGGAGGGUACACCUCCAUGACCAGUGCAGUGGCUCUGCAGCUGGACCAGGGCGAUCGGGUUCGCCUCGCUCUGCCAGCCAGCUAUCGGCUCUAUGACGACUCCAGAAACUUCAGCGUGUUCUCAGGUUUCCUGCUGUUCCCGGUCUGACCUGGCUGAGUCAGGAGCAACAUGGAGUCUUUAUUCAGACUGAAAUAAAAGUUGAUUUCUUUGGUCAGUGGAAAGGUCAGUCAGUGGUUCCAUUUUGAACAAACUCAACUUGAAGCAUCUUGAUGAGUAUAAGUACACAUUUCAUCAGGUUGGAUAUGUGCAUUAUUUUGUGGUCUGUCUCUUGUCUGUGCUGUGUAUGAUCUAAUCCCAACCUGUAUGUCUCUCCAUACAGGUUGGGAACAGAUCCGGUCAUGGUUGGAAUGCUGAGUGACAUCAAAAACUGGGGGAAAAAAACAAAACAAGUGUAAUAUCACAUCUAUCCCACUCAAAUCAACAAAAAAAUCAAGUUGUUAGGAGAGAAAAU